CUGCGGCGAGUACAGUAAUCUGAAUAACAGCUUUUACUGGCUGGAAUGUAUUGACUGGCUUCAGAUUUAGCAACUCAUUCCUAAAGCUUCCCUCCCCCAUCGCCUCCCAGUAUCCCUCCUCUUCCUCCCUCCCCUCUUUCUCUCUGUCAUCCCCUGUUUUCAUCUGUGCAGUCAGUCUGCCUCCAGCUGAUGAGCGUAUUGGCAGCUGCAUCAUUCCACCCUGCUGAGUUAUUGGGAUUUCUUUGCUACUUUUUCCUGUGUUAUAUUGAAGCUGUCCCUGCAGCCAUACAUGCACCUCCAUGAGUGUGUGUGUGUUUGCUGUCAUUGGACUGAUUGUUAUUGACUGACUGUAUUAUUUUUUUUUUAGUCUGUUGGAAGUCUUAUUUGCUCCACCUCCCAGGGCGUGGGAAGCCAGAGAGGAUGUUCUCGUCUUCAUCCAGAAACUCUCUGUUCUCACCGUGGUCGUCCAUGGAGCAGUCGGACUCUGAAGCAUUGGACAUCAGCACCAAAGUGCAGCUGCAUGGGGUGCUGUGGAAGAGGCCCUUCGGACGGCCGUCGGCCAAGUGGUCCCGCAGAUUCUUCAUCAUCAAAGACAGCUUCUUGCUCUACUAUGCAGAGAGCGAGAAGAGAAACUUUGAGACCAACAGGUACUUCAACAUCCACCCCAAGGGAGUCAUCCCUUUGGGAGGAUGUGUGGUGUCAGCUAAUGAAAACAUGGGCAUGCCCCAUGGCAUCGUGGUCAACCUGGAAGACUUCACUGGCACCAUAGUCCUGGCUGCUGAGUCUGGGGAGGAGCAGGUCCAGUGGAUGGAGAUGCUGCAGGAGUCGGGCAAAGUCACGUGGAAGAACGCCCAGCUGGGGGAGGCCAUGAUCGAGAGUCUGGAGGCUCAGGGGCUACAGCUGGCCAAGGAGAAGCAGGAGUAUCUGGAUAAACUGAUGGAAGAGACUGAAGAGCUCAGUCAUCAAAGAGCACAGAGAGAGGAGCUGGAGCGUCUGAACCAGGUUCUGGAGGAGGAGAAGCUGAAGUUUGAGGAGGUGGUGGUGGAGCUGAAGGCGGAGCAGGAGCAUAUCAAACUAGACCUGGACGGCACAGCUCAGUCCCUGAGAGGUGUUGAGAGUGAAAAAGAAGAGCUGAGCAGUCUGACCAUCAUGCUGCAGAAAUCCAUCGAGGAGCUCUCUCAGGAGAAACAACGAACCCUGGAGCUGCUGGGGGUGAAGGAGCGGGGGGAGAAGGAGGAUGAGGCCACAGAGGAGAGCUCAGCUCAGUCUGAGGAUGGCGAGGACCCCGGUGCUGUGGACCUGCUGCAGGACCUGCGACACAUCGAGGAUCAAAUGAAGAUCCUGCUGAAGGAGAAGGAGCAGGCUGAGGACAAGCUCAGGGAGAACGAGCAGCGAGCUACAGUCCUGCAGCAGGAGAGGGAGUUCUACUCGUGUCAGGCCCGGACGCUGCAGCAGUCGCUCUCUCAGCUCACUGUAGACAAGCAGCAGACUGAGGCUGAGCUCAAGGCAGAGAUAGAGUCUCGUGUGGAGCUGGAGAAAAGACUGAAGCAGGCCGAAGAGGCUCUGCAGGACCUGGAGAGAGGCCUGGACUCAGUGGAACGGACCAAAGAGACAGACGAGAAGAUGAAGGGGGAUGUGACUCAGCUGAGGAAAUUCUUUGAAGACUGCAUCUGUGCAGCAGAAAUUGAGGCAAAGCUUCCAUCAAUAAUGAAGAAUGCUGUGUAUCUGCACAAAGCUGCUGCACGCAGAAUCAAGAGCUGCCGAAUCCAAAGGAGAGCCUCCAGACGCCACUGGUUAAAGCACUCAAAGUCUUUUGCAGUAGCAAAUGCUGACAGUGGCGACAUAGAGGAGCUGCGGGAGACGGCCCGACGGCUGACCUCUGACAGCAGCUUCAGAGAGAGUGUGUACAAGAUCAUCGCUCGCAAGGACGCCACGAACAAAACAGAGGACUGAGAGAAGAGAGAGCGGGGUAAAAGAGGAGAAAUGGUCCUUAGCUUUACAGUCCACACAGUGAGUGACGUAGAGAUCCUGAUCCCAAACCUGCCAUUGAGAUACUGUAGAUGACUGUACACAGAAAUCUGUCGGAUGGCAUCUCUGGUUGCAAUCUUAAGAGUUUUUAACUGUACUAAGUUUAACAGACAUUGGGUAAACUUAUUAUGUGUUAUAGCUCUGAUGUCUGUCAUGAUUCACUGGUUAAAGCAUUUCACCCAAACAGUUCCAGGAACUCAGGAACUGAAAGUCCCCUGAAGAAUAAGCAAAUUAGAACAAUAAAUGAUUAAGAAACUACAGUGCUGAUCUUUACCUUGCUCUUUACAAAAAAGAAAGAAAGGUGAUACCUUCUCAGCAAGUAAACUUUCUGAGUUCCUCAAAAGGUCCUCAGCUCCCUGGAAAAGAUGAAGACCUGAGUUUAUUUCCUGGAGCCAUUUGGUAGAAGUGCAAAAAGAAACCUUCAGAUCUGAAUUAGCUAAAGAGUGAUUAUGAUGUAAGGUGAAAACCACAUGUACAGUAUGUUAAGAACAGGUAUACCAUUGUACUACAGUAGUGUCCUACUCAAUGUUGACCAUUUGGGACUCUAGACUCAGCCUGAUAAGAUGUUGUGAUGUUACUUGACAUUUGGGCCCAAUCCCAAUACACCCCUGACCCCUACUGCAGAGCCCUUACCCCUCUGUUCCUCGACUUGGUACCGCUCCUCUAUCAGUGCAGACUGGCAGGGAAGGAGAGUGAGUUGCUUAAGUUAGCCUUCAAAGCCCUGCUUGUUGUGAACAAACUGCAAGCAUCCUUCCAACUGCAAAAGACUGCUUGUAGCCCAUGCAAGAGAAAUCACUACUGCAGAAGACGGCAUAUUAGCAAUGCCUGGCAACACUUUAUGUGAACGCAAGCAUACCUUUAGAGGGUCUUGGAGGGUUGUAAAGUUUUCAACCACUACAUCUUGUAACUCUGUUCCAGGGGGCAAGGUGGCUCUUGAAAACAAGGGGUAGGGGUAGAAAUAUGAAAUGGGAUUGGGCCUAAGAAACACAGUAACAGUUAACAUGUCAUAGAUCAUAAUGAUUUAACAACAACCACUCUGCAGUGUGUGACUGUAGCCUUGUACUUUGAGUUUCUAGUGUUUUCACCAUUCUCUAAAAUAAAUACCACUAUAUGAGAUUAACAAGUAUUUAGCAGAUAGCACAGACAAUGCAAAUCCAUCUUGUAAAAUGUUUGUUUUUAUUGUUCUGGUUUUGACUGUAUGCACAGAUUGUGUCCUUCACUUUCACAGAGGUUUUAUGAAAACAAUGAACUCACAGACGUCUGUUGUCGACCACUGACCAUUUCAUUAUUGCUGCAUCUGAAAAAUCUGUCCUCGACGAAGCAACUCAAUGCAAUUCACUGACGCAAGCAUUUUAUGAUAAUAUACAAAUGAUAACUUAACACCAGAAAUGACACAGAAAAGAAGCCCACAUGUCGGGUUAAGGUAAGAGGGAACAUAUGAUGGACUGAACAACAUGCCUUGAUGCUAAUAAAGCUGUGUUUGAACCUU